AUGCCCUUCACCUCCCCGCCCCUCCAGCGCGCCUUCGCCGCCGUCGUGUACGUCAGCGAGGGUCGUCGCACCGCCGUCCUCGACGUCAUCGAGCGCGUCGCGCGCGAGGCGACCGCGCCUCGUCGUCCCGUCGCGCUGGUGAACGUCUUCAGGGACGCCGAGUACAACAGGACUGGGUUCACCCUCGCCGGCCGCGACGUCGAUGACGUCCGACGAGCCGCGCUCGACGUCGCCCAGGUGUCUCUGCGCGAGGUGGACAUGCGCGCGCACGACGCCACGCACCCGAGAGUGGGCGUGGUGGACCACGUGAGUUGUCACGCGUUGGCGGGCGAACGCGCCGGCGCGGCGAAACUCGCGAAAUCCAUCGGUGAAGGCUUGGGAACGCUGGGCGUGCCGGUAAAAUUAUACGGAGACGCGGCGAGCGAUGGGAUCGGGCUGGAUGAGAUUCGGCGACGGAGUGGGUACUUUAGCGGCGCCGCGGGCGGGCGGUGGACGGGGGAGUUCGCCGUCGAGCGCGGGUUCGCGUUCGAUUACGGCCCGAGCGACGUGCCCGAGCGCGAGGGGUUCGGCAUGGUGGGCGCGGUGCCUUGGGUGUGUAACUAUAACGUCCCUCUGGCGUUCACGUUCGCGGAUGAGGGUUUGGAUGCGGAGACGAGGAUGACGCGCGCGAUGGCGUUUGGACGCGCCGUGGCCAAGCGCGUAUCGGCGCGCGGCGGCGGUCUACCCUCGGUGCAAUCCAUGGCGUUGCCACACGGCGGAAAAGUCGAGGUGGCGUGUAAUUUAUUAGACGUCGACGCGUCGUCCACGGCGGACGUGCAGCGCGCGACGGCGGCGGCGGUGGCGGAGACGGACGCGCUCAAAAUUCUAGGCGCCGGCGCGUCGGCGAUGGUGGAAGACGGUUACGUCACCAAUCAAACCCCAGAGAGCAUCAUCCGCGCCAUCGAUGCGAUCGACGCGCGUUAG